AUGCUGGGUCAUAGUCACUUGGAGAGACCCAUGUACCUCAGGCCUUUCACAGGGAAAGUAGACUAUAUUCCACUCCUCAGAGGGUUCGAACCUCUAGAAUUUUCUCCAGGAAAUUAUGGAGAAGUUGGCUCGAAAUAUGACUACAAACUCAAGCUAUUUGGGAGCACUCUCACUAUUAUAGCUUUUUCAUGGAACAGUAAAUUACCUACUAAUUCUAUUGACACAUGGACUGAGAUGGAGAAAGUUUUUCAUAAACAGUUAUACAAGGAAGAACAAGAAGUCAUAGUGGUAGACAUGUCAAAGAUUACUCAAUUUCCAAGAAAGCCAAUUGAGUAUUUCCUCACGAGGUUCAAAGAAGCCAGACUUCGAUGCAAUACUGAAAUACCAGAAGGAGAAUUGAUAGCGUUGGCGGUAAAAGGCAUGCUCGUACAAUUUAGAAAGAAGUUUGAUGACUUAGACUUCCAAGAUUUCCCUCACCUAACUACCAGGGCUUUCCGCUAUGAAAGAGUCAUUAGAAAGGAGCAAAACAUGAUGAACUUAUCCAAAGGGACCUAUUACAGGGAUUCUAACUACAUGGUGGCCAACAUUGAGGAUGAUCUUAAUCAAGAAGUGGCUAUGGCCAAGAUUUUGAGUAAAAAGUCUUACAUCUGCAAGGACAUUGUCCAAUUAGAACCUCCAAAGUAG